AUGUUCAAUUUUCACCUCAGCUAUCAGUGGCUUCACUUCAGGCGGCCUACAGGCCCUCCCGCGCCCGUACCAGAGGGCCUCGAGCGAUUAUGGGUAGACACGCCGGAGGGCCGCCUCGAGCUCCUCUCCAACACGCCAUCCAUCGUCCAAGAGGGCAGAGGUCCCCCGAUUGUCUUCUGCCACGGUGGAAUGGGCGGCGCCUGGGUAUGGACUGAGUAUCUGCAGUAUUUCGCCGCGUGCGGAAUCCAGUGCUAUGCCGUCUCGCUGCGAGGCCACGGAGAGUCGUGGCAUCCAUCCUACCUGCAAAUGGUCUUUGCGACGCCGCGCAGCGCUCUAGCUGAAGACCUCGUCGCAGCGAUUGAGUGGGUUCAAGUUCACGAGGAGAGUGAGGUCAUCCUGGCCGGCCACUCGAGCGGUGGCGGUCUGAGCCAAGGCAUCCUCGGCGAUGGACUUGUCAAAGUCAAGGCCCUCGCAUUGCUGGGCGCUGUACCAGCUUAUGGAUCAAUGGGCGUGUACGUGAACUGGUGGAAAUUGGACCCGUGGUUCACGAUCCGUCUGAUCUUCCAUGGCUGGCACUCCAACUCACCUCUCUCCCACCCGAAGCUCACCCAGCGCGCAUUCUUCGGCGACAGAUUCCCCCUCUCGUCCGUGAUCCCCUUCCAGCGCCGCAUGAACCGCUACGAGAGCUACCUCUGGCCCUUUAGCAUGAUGCAGCCCUUUGCCAGGGCCUCGAGCAUCCUGCGCCAGAUCCGCAACGACGGCUCCAGCGGCGAAAAGGUGCUCGUCAUGGCCGGAACACAGGACAAGCUCAUGACGCCCAAGGUGACGGAGGAGACGGCCGAGUUCUAUCGUGCGGCGGCUGGCGAGAAGCGCGAGGGCGUGAGGGUGUCCUUCGUCGAUGGCGCGGGACAUCAUUUGCAGAACGACGUGCAGUGGAAGGACGGCGCGGGCAAGCUGUUCCAGUUUUAUAAGGGCAUCGAAAGUCCAAUCUCUGAUUGA